AUGACGGAAACUUCAGAUUUAUUAAAAGCUAUCCAGGAUAUUCAGUCUUCGUUAACCGUUUUGCCUGAUAUCCAAGUUCAAAUAGCAAAGCUAACGGAAGCUAUAUCAACACUUUUGCCCCAAGAAGGAAAGGAUAGAAAUCCACCAAAAAGAGUAACUAAUGGGAUAUCUGGUUUCCCUAUGUCACCAACACUCACUCCUAUGGUAGAAACGAUGGGAUCAAUUAAUGAACCUAUUAAUGAUUUGUCAAAUAAACAACUUUCUGAAAAGGACAUAAAGAUUAUUAGUAAUGAACAUUCAGUUGAAUCAGGUGAUAAAAGUAAAAAAAGGAUGUCCGUAGCUGAAAGAAAAAAGUCUAGAAGAGCGAGAAAAAAGCUGAUCACUACUCAGAGCCAAGGAGAAUCUUCGUCUAACGAGGCUGAAAUUGAACAAAAAUCUGCACCGGAGAUCCAACCCAAAAAAAUACAGGAGCAGGAACAUGCGCUUAUUCGGGAAGAGGUGAUACCUACACAGCCCGAACCACAACAGCAGCCACCAUCAAGAGCGCAGGCACGAAAUAAAAUAAAUAGAAUAACUUACAGAAAUGACAGCAGAGAGCAAUCUGAUAGAAGAUUCGGAAAUGUUUAUCCACGUGAGACCUUGAAAGAUAAUUACAAUUUAUCAGUGUCCACUUUUGAAGAAAUGAAAUUGAGGCCAGAGCUAUUAAGAGGAAUUCGUGCACUGGGGUAUGAUCAACCAACUUCUAUCCAGAAACGCGCGAUCAAAGCGAUCUUAACACGUCGUGACGUCAUCAUUCAGGUGCCUCGUUCUGAAGAACGAACUUUAACCUAUUUGAUCGGUCUUCUCCAGCAUGUAGACCCACGUGAUACGUCUUGCCAGGGAAUUGUGCUUGUACAUUCCAAAGAUUUAUGUUUUGCCAUUCAGGAUCUAAUUGAAGAAAUAACCAAACAUAGACAAAUUUCAUGGUCUGUUUGUGUUGGCGGUUAUCCCGUGAGGCAAGAUGUUGAAAAGCUGAGAAGUGUCAGACAGCAAAUAAUAAUUGGAACACCAG